GAAGGUCGAGGGCUUUUUUCCGGUCUUAGGGUGCUAUUCGGGGCUCGAUUUCCUUGUUUUUUGUCAAAUAAAACCCACCCAAUCAGAGAGAGCCCUACACACAGAUAAAUACACCACUCCGGGCCUCAAAUACAGUUAAAUAAGGCUUCAUAUUUGGCCUGAUUGAAUUGAUGCCAGCGCUGCCAGAGUUGCGGCCCAAGGUGUGGAGAGACUGCAGAGCCUGGAUAUAAUCAGCCACGACGAUCUGGCCACCCUGAAGCAGCGAGUUCACAUGGCCGAAACCUUGUUCUGGCUCAGGCUAUCUGAGCUCUCACGCUCUCCCGACCUCGACACGACGCCUCCACCCCGGGACGGCUUUGUCGUGUCGGAUGGUUCCGAUACCUCGAAAUGGACGCCCAGUGCUUUCGACUCUGCACUAUCGUCACUCGCGUGCAAGCUGCGAGAAAGCAGACUGCCGCAUGUUGACUACGACGCCGAUGGCGCAGAGGAUGUCGUUGAUCUUUCGGUUCUCACCGAGGAGCAUCCCGCUCCCGCCGACCGCCCUGACGGGCAAGGCAUAGACGACAAAACAGCAAUGCGCCACUUUCUUCAUGAAUUACGUAGAGGUGGGGGCAUAUUCGGAGGGGACCCGAAUAUCAAGCGCAUGAAUGAGUUGUUUAACUCGAGAGGGUGCACUUCCCAAUUUAAGCGAGUUAUUGAUUCAGCUGAACGGAGCCACCGUGCCGAAAGUUUCUCGCCUAGGGAUUUGCUAGUUUUCGUCCGUGUCGAAAUGGGCUCGGGGGACUGGUCGAUCGGAUAG